AUGUCUUCCUCUGUCUUGAAAGCUGCAACCAAAGGGAAACGCAAAGCUGACGAAAUGGAUGUGGAUGAUAGACCCUCCAAGAAAAGGAAUAAACAACGCGUUUUACUGCUCUCCUCUCGUGGAAUCACCCACCGCAUGCGGCAUUUUAUGAACGACUUGGAAGCACUUCUGCCCCAUGUCAAGAAAGAUUCCAAACUCGACUCUAAGUCGCAACUGCAUCUGCUCCCUGAGCUUGCCGAUUUGAACAAUUGCAACAAUACACUCUAUUUUGAGGCCCGCAGACACGAGGAUCUCUACCUCUGGGCAGCCAAAACGCCGAAUGGCCCCAGCAUCAAAAUGCAUGUCCAAAACGUCCAUACCAUGGACGAGCUCAAAAUGACAGGAAAUUGUCUCAAGGGCAGCCGCGGGCUGCUGAGCUUCGACAAAGCCUUUGACGAGACUGAGUGGGGAAAGUUGACCAAGGAGGUGUUCACUCAUAUCUUCGGUGUUCCUUCGACGGCGCGCAAGGCAAAGCCCUUCAUAGACCACAUUCUUACCUUCUCGAUCCUCGACUCGAAAAUAUGGUUUAGAAAUUUCCAGAUCAUAGAAAAGGACCCUUUGCAACCCAAUGGACCGCCACAGACAAGUCUAGUGGAGAUAGGGCCCAGAUUCGUGCUCACCCCAAUACGAAUCUUUGAAGGCGCGUUCAACGGCGCAACCGUUUUUUCUAACCCAGAAUUCAUUUCGCCAACGGCUGUUCGCUCAGCCAUUCGGAGGGAGAAAGGCGCCAAGUAUGGACAGCGCAAAGACGCGCAGUUGGAAAAUUCGAGGAGAAAGGAAUUGCGGAAGAGAGACGAAGACGAGCUGGCUGUUUCCAAAGUAUUUGCUUGA